AUGGAGAAAUCGAGACCCUUUAUCCUCUUCUUCGGCCCAACAAGGCAUGCAAUGUCAGCAUACGAAGAGCUGCAGGAUGCCGCCAUAGUCCAAGUGGUCACCAGUACUAAUAGGCAAGAAUUCUUUGAGGAUAUCGCCGGGAACUUUGACGCCGAAUUCAUUGAGCAUCUUCCAUCAAGCUGCAAGUUUAUCUGCCACAAUGGAGCAGGCUAUGAUCAGAUCGAUGUCAAGGCUUGCGCCGAUCGAGGAAUAACGCUCACCUACGCCCCAGAGCCAGUCACCAACGCCACAGCUGACCUAGCUCUCUGGCUACUACUCGAAUCACUGCGACAACUAAACCCAUAUCUCAACUCGCUGCGCCGCGGAAACUUCAAGAAGGGCGCGCCCUUUGGCCGGGAUCCUGAAGGCAAAAUCCUGGGUAUCCUGGGCAUGGACCGUAUACGCCGCGCCCUCAAAGCAGCCGGUGCGAGAUACGUAUCUUUUGAAAAGCUGGUUUCCGAGAGUGAUACAAUCAGCAUUCACGUUCCACUGAACGCUGGAACAGAGCAUCUCAUUGGUGCCAAAGAAAUCGGCAAGAUGAAAGAUGGUGUCGUUAUUGUGAACACGGCGCGAGGUGCUGUCAUUGAUGAAAAUGCACUGGCGGAGGCACUGGAUUCAGGCAAAAUUGGCUCUGUUGGUCUGGAUGUUUAUGAGCACGAACCUAUGAUCAAUGAACGCCUCCUGAAGAACGAGAGGGCGCUUCUUGUACCGCAUUUGGGGACACAUACUGUGGAGACUUUGAGGAAGAGGGAGAUGAUUGCCAUGGAGAAUGCGCGACGGGCUGUUUUGGAGGAGUAUCUUCGUACAACUGUGCCAGCGCAUGCUGGGAUAUAA